AUGGCGGCGCUGCGGCUCCUGGCGUCGGCGGCGCUCCGGCGGCCCGUCCCGGCGGCCCGCUGGGGACCGGCGCUGUCCCGGGGCUCCUCCCGCUGCUUCUCUACCAGCCCCCGCUCCCUCAUCCAAAUCUACACCGACCCGGUGGAGGCGGUGAAGGACAUCAAGGACGGGGCGACCGUCAUGCUCGGGGGCUUCGGGCUGUGCGGGAUCCCCGAGAACCUGAUCGGGGGGCUGCUGAAGACGCGCGUGAAGAACCUCAAGGUGGUCAGCAGCAACGUGGGCGUGGACGACUUCGGCCUGGGGCUCCUGCUGGCCGCCAAGCAGGUCAAGCGCGUGAUCUGUUCCUACCUGGGGGAAAACGCGCUCUGCGAGAAGAUGUACCUGGCGGGCGAGUUGGAACUGGAGAUGACCCCGCAGGGCACCCUGGCAGAGCGGAUCCGCGCCGCUGGGGCCGGCGUGCCCGCCUUCUACACGCCCACCGGCUACGGGACAUUGGUGCAGGAAGGAGGUGCGCCCAUCCUCUACGGUGAAGAUGGCCACCGAGUCAAAUUGAGUAAGCCCCGUGAGGUACGGGAGUUCAAUGGCCGGCACUGCCUCCUGGAGCAAGCCAUCAGGGCCGACUUUGCCCUAAUAAAGGCCUGGAAGGCUGACCGCUCUGGCAACUUGAUCUUCAGAGGAAGCGCCCAGAACUUCAACUUGCCCAUGUGCAAGGCCGCGAAAGUCACUGUGGCGGAGGUGGAAGAGAUCGUGGAUGUGGGCACUUUUCCCAAAGAAGACGUCCAUGUUCCCAACAUUUAUGUAGAUCGCGUGAUAAAGGGGCCGAAGUUUGAGAAGAGAAUCGAGCGUUUAAUCACACGAAGUGAGAAAGAUGAUGCCAAAGCCAAAAAGGGAGAUGACAUCAGAACUCGGAUCAUCAAACGUGCAGCCCUGGAAUUCAAGGAUGGCAUGUAUGCCAACCUGGGCAUCGGGAUCCCCGUGCUGGCCAGCAACUUCAUCAGCCCUGACAUAACUGUUUUUCUGCACAGUGAGAAUGGACUCCUGGGCUUGGGCCCGUUCCCAUUAAAACACGAGGUGGACCCCGAUAUCAUCAAUGCAGGCAAGCAGACAGUCACUGUGCUCCCCGGGGGCAGUUUCUUUGGCAGUGAUGAGUCCUUUGCCAUGAUUCGAGGGGGCCACCUGCAACUGACCAUGCUGGGUGCCAUGCAGGUUUCCAAAUAUGGGGACCUGGCUAACUGGAUGAUACCUGGGAAGAAGGUGAAAGGAAUGGGUGGGGCCAUGGAUUUGGUGUCCAAUGAGACCACCAGAGUUGUGGUCACCAUGGAGCACUGCUCAAAGGAUAACAAGCCCAAAAUCCUGGAGAAAUGCACCAUGCCUCUGACUGGGAAGAACUGUGUGGACCGCAUCAUCACUGAGAAGGCUGUGUUCGACGUGUGCAACAGCAAAGGGCUAGUCCUGAUGGAGCUCUGGGAAGGCUGUACCAUGGAUGAGCUCAAGAAGUGCACAGCCUGCGACUUUGCCGUGUCCCCAAAACUCAAACCCAUGCAGCAGGUGGCAAUCUAA